AUGGCUUCUAUAAAUCCAGAAAUUUCAAACGCGGAUCUGACAACAUGUCCCAUAUGUUUAGAACAAAUGACAGUUCCAAAGUGUUUGCCUUGCCUGCAUUCGUUUUGUGAAACAUGCAUUGUAGCCUAUUGUAAACACUUCACAGCUUCAUCUGGUAAUCAGCAGACAUUAGAAUGUCCAGUUUGUCGUUCAGUAUUAAAUUAUCCAAAACAGAAAGGAACCUCAAAAACAUUUUUAGUUUCUCCUGAAAAAUGGGUACAAGCACUUCCUUUAAACUUUCUCAUUGUUGAACUCCUAGAAAGAAAACAAUUUGAGAGCUCAAGCAAAACGUGUUUUUCUUGUGAACGACUUGGAGAAAAGUCUGAGGCUAAUAAUUUUUGUAAAGAUUGUGGAGACCUCUUAUGUGAAAUGUGCACUAAAUAUCACCAUGCUAACAAAUUAACAGCUACACAUAAUAUACAUCUGUUUACUGAGCUUUCAAGGGAUGAACUGUAA